UAUUUUAUUAUUUUUUCUAGUGAAAAUGGCUGCCUUUCAGCUUUAAACCUCAGCGGUUCUGGGGGAAAAUAUCCAUCCCAUAAACCAAAAUAGACACGAUCGUUUAGGAAGAAAGCAUCUCGCGGUUCAAGGAUGCCUAUAUUCCCGAGUAAAUAACAUUAUGCUUUUGCUUUCAAGAAUGGAAGAUAGAUCUGUUUCAUGUUUAACCCAUUACAUUCCGUGAUCCGCGUUCCAGAUGAGAAAAUGAUGCACCAAGUAGCCAGCAACAGCAACGACUAUGGUCUGGGUAGCAUUGGGGAUGAUGGGCAACACCCAGCCAGUCACUUUGAGCUGUGCAGUUCGCAGUCCAACAAAUUUUACGCCGCGCCACCUCCCGCGCUACAACUGCCACUCCCAAACUUGCCGCCCUUGCCACAGAGCAUGAUCAAGCCCAUGUCCUGCCAGAUGCAGGACUCCCAGAAUGAAUUCCACUCCCAAACCGUCCGAAUGAGGGCUGCAGAUGCUCCGGAAGGCUCCAAGAAAAAGAAGGGCCUCGGAAAGUCUGGGCGACGAGGCAGGCCCUCGGGUACCACUAAGUCUGCAGGCUACAGGACAAGUACGGGACGACCGCCGGGCACCACCAGAGCAGCAGGCUUUAAAACCAGCCCAGGGCGGCCACUGGGCACCACCAAAGCCGCAGGCUACAAGGUGAGCCCAGGUAGGCCUCCAGGCAGCAUCAAAACUCUGGCGAGGCUUAACAAACUGGACUAUGGCGCUUGCAAUGGUGCGCCGUUCCCUUACACCAUGAUGCAGAAGAGGGCCUUGUGCGAAGCCACUGUGAAAGAGAAAGACACUACUACCGAAUGAAAACAAUGUUUUUUAUUUAUUGCAAGGGGGGACUCGGGAUGUGGGUGCAUGUCCAAAGUCACAGUGAACCGUGUUUGAGAUGUCAAGCUCUUGCAAGGAAGAAAAAAAGAUGGAUUUUGAUACUUCGACUCACGUGUAUGUGCCAGUGUUAUCCUUUUGUGUAUCUUUUUCCAAAGACCAUUAGCAUUACCUUUCUCGCUAUGACGUAUGUUAACCUAUUGUACAGAUGUGCAUGACGGUAGUAUUGUGAAAUAAAGUUACAGUAUUGAACACAUAUUAAUCUUUUCAGUCCAUUAGACUUUGCUCAAGUGAAACGUAGAGAGUGUUGUUUUACAUUUAACUCUGACUCUUCCUUUUCCUUCAUACUUUUGAUGUAAAGUCACUGCUGGGAACAGUCUUCAUCGCAUCAUUUGUUUCGCUCUAGAUUUUAGGACAUUGCAUUUGACUUGAAAUAUUUGAUCACUAGUAAUAACUCCUCUGUUCCCCUGAUGUGUAUGUGAAAGUGCUCUGUUUGUAAUGUCCAAUGAUAUGUUGAUCUUUUUUGUUGUUGUAUUUAUGAAAUGUCUGGUGCCCUUUUCAGACAGAGGAUGCUGUGGAUUUUUUGAUAAAACAUCAAGUCACAGAUCACUGCAAUGGCAUAAUGCUCUUGUAAAUAUAACUGUGAGGUUA